GCAGCAGCAAGGUGCAGGAGCAGGAGCAGCUUAAGAAGUCAUAGCUAUGCCAGUGCAAUCGCCAAUCGAGAUCAGCAAUCGUGCCAUCGAGCAUAUCGACGAUGUCGAUCCACUCGAAUAUCAUGGCCACUGGGAGCCCGUUGGCGUUGCCCGCGUCCAAAACACUGGCACCUCGGCGAUGGUCACGUUCAGCAAACGCAAACAGCAGCCGUACAUCAUUGGCGGCGCCCUCGAUACGAAUAUGUAUGUGUUCGAACAGCUGCAUUUCCAUUGGUCCGACUCCGAUGAGUCCGGCUGCGAGCACACGCUCGAGGGCAUGAAGUACUCGAUGGAGGCGCAUGCCGUUCACUACAAUGCCAAGUAUAAGGACUUUGCCGAGGCCAAAAACAAACCCGACGGUCUUGCGGUUGUUGCAUUCUUCAUUCAAGCCUGCGGCGACAAGGAUUGUCCCGAGUUCAAAAAGAUCACCGAGGGCAUUCGCAUUGUCCAAAAGAUACACACGAACGCCUCCCUGGACUCGGAUUGCCUAUCUUGGAUUGGUCUGCAGGAGCUGAGCAAGCAUUACUAUACCUAUAAGGGAUCACUGACCACGGCGCCGUACUUUGAGAGUGUCACGUGGAUCAUCUAUCGAACGCCCAUCUACGUUUCCCGCGGUCAGGUGAGCGUGUUUCGCAAUCUGCAAUCGUGUCCCAAGGACGAGUCCAAGAAGAUAGUCAACAAUUAUCGUGAGAUCCAAAGGCCGCACAAGGAUCCCGAAAUCUUUUUCGCCCGCAAUACAAACACCAAAUCCAAAUUAUGAUGUGCUUGCUAAUUUCUACUACCAAAAACUAAGAAGAAAAAAACAAAACAAUCUAAUCCUUAAUCCUCACCAAAACACUCAACAACAACAACAAUACUGCUGCAACAACAACAACAACGACGUCAAGGGAUUCUCUGUGCUGGGAUUUCUGGUCAUCAAAUCUUUUUUGUUUAUUUUUUUUAUUAUAUAUUCUAUAUAUAUAUAUAUAUUAUUUUUCCUAUUAUGCUAUAAUUCUAUGGUUGUCGAUAAGCUUUUUUGUUAAAAUUGCCUCAUGUACAUAUAGAUCUAUAAACAUAAUAAUAAUACUAUAACUAUAUAUGAAUUUGAUAUGAUAUCAUAUUAGAACUUGGAACACACCGUUGCCUUGCAUGUUAAAUAUUUCCUCCCCAACAAAAUAUUUAAUACUCUACAAUCACAACUAAAAUUUAAAACAAAAACAUUAAAUAUGUAAAAAAUAAUGAAAAAA